AAUGCCACUUGUCAGAAGUGGGAUCAUGACAACCACUAAGCAAAUAACUUCCAGAUAUUUUGAAUGAGGAGGGAAUCUGAUGCCUGGUUCCCCUGACAUAUUUUACGUUGAAUUCCUCAAAGCUUGUAGCGAGGGAAUUUGAAUCCUACAGAUCUUGUAAAGAGUGUCAAAGUUCCUUGUAAUGUUAAACCAAGCUGCCCUGUGCUGUAUUUGAAGUGAACAGGUUGAACAGGUCAGUAAUACUCUGUGCUCAUGUUUCUCAUAAGCAAACAUUGCUUUGACAAGCUGCAUGUCAGCAAGGAGCACUGGUGCACUUGACUAACGGCCCAUCGCUUUUGUGCUUGGCUUCUCUCUUGGUUGUUUGCCAGGAACUUCUCAGUUCCCAUUGAGCUUGCUUUCUAAGCAUGAAAGAUGAAAAUUCAAAGAAGUUAUGUGAUGAAGAAGAGUGACGUAUUUCAGUCACCAGAGAAGAUGACAGAGCUGAAAAGAGAACACAGUGAGGAGCCUGAGUAUAUGCGAGAAAGAGAAGAUCAGGAGCCUGUGUGCCACCUCAGUGGGUUGACCUGGAUUCCAAGGAAAGUUUGCUCAAGCUCAGAGCGAGGGGAAGCAGCUCCUCUGGCCACUGUGGGACCGAAAGUGUGGCGAUUGCUCCUCUCGGCGGUGGGGAAGCUCUGGUGGAGGGAAGGUACCUAUGUAAUUUCUGGCAAGUUUACUGGAACCUUUUCCUGGGAUUUCUUGGAGUUGCGAAAACACAUCCCUCUGACACUCACUCUGCAAAAAAGACCCACUUCAGGCCCUGCACUGAAUAGGUCUUACCUUGCAAAAGAAUUUCAUUGCCUUCUCCUUUGGACUUGAAGAUGCAAAUAACAUUCGGGAACUACCGUGCAAGUUAGAUAAAGAAAUGCUCUUUUUCCUGCUGCUCCAAGAUGGGAAGAAAACACCCACUCUGUGCCUUAGGAGAGAAGGGCAGUGAAAGGGCAGGCUGCUGCACCAGCCUGGCUGCCGGCGUGUGUGGUGCUACCGAGGGGGCUGUUACCAAAGGGGAAGGUUCUGCCUAGAGAUGGGAAGAGCGACAGGAUCCUCACCUCUGUUUUUCCCUCUCCCCUGGAGCCUCCUCAGGCAAACUCGCCCCUUUCGACUUUAUUUCCCAGCCUCUGAAAGAAGGGAACUCAAUCAGCUAAUCCUAUCUGUCCACUUCUGUUGUGUCUUGCAGGUGGUUUCACAGCAUGAGCUCUAUCAGGACAAUACAACCGCAGUAUUGCUACUCUGACACCAUGCAUUAAACAAACAUCCCAAGGAGUAAGGACACUAAAUAUGGUUUUCAUUUCCUAUAUUUUCUUUACUGGGGCAUAUUUAGCUGUUACUUAAACUCCUAUCUAUGAACACAAGGCUUGACAAUUGCUUGUUUAUUAUAAUUGUCAUUAGUAUGACUUUUAGUGAAAAUCCAGUCCACUUUAAGGACUCCAAAGAUGUUAUAGCUUGAAUAACACAUGUUGGAACACUCAAUAAAGUCGUGGGACCUCAUGAGGCUCUAAAAUGAGUGAGACUGCAAAUAAAUAC